GAUGGGUUUGAAAGGAUUUGCUGAAGGCGGCAUCGCUUCUGUAAUUGCUGGUUGUUCGACGCACCCUCUUGAUCUGAUCAAGGUCCGUAUGCAGCUACAGGGAGAAGGCCAUGUUAAACAACAACUCCGCCCUGCCUUUGCCUACAAUUCCGUUGGUGGUGCAGCCACAUUAAUCUCUGCACCACCCAAGGUCGGACCCGUCUCCGUCGGGAUCAAGAUUUUCCAGACGGAGGGUGUCGCCGCCCUAUUCUCUGGUGUCUCCGCCACCGUCCUCCGCCAGACACUCUACUCCACCACCCGGAUGGGUCUCUACGAGAUCCUCAAGGAAAAAUGGUCCGAUCCCAGCUCCGGUAAUCUCCCUCUCGGCCGGAAAAUCGCCGCCGGUCUAUUCGCCGGAGGGAUUGGGGCAGCAGUAGGUAAUCCUGCAGACCUUGCAAUGGUUAGGAUGCAAGCCGACGGUCGGCUACCGGUUUCUCAACGCCGGAACUACAAGAGUGUGUUUGAUGCCAUCACGCAAAUGUCAAAGCAGGAGGGGAUUGCUUCUCUGUGGCGUGGUUCGUCUCUUACUGUGAACCGAGCUAUGAUCGUCACUGCAUCGCAGCUUGCAUCGUACGAUCAAGUGAAGGAGAUGAUCUUACAGAAUGGUGUGAUGAAGGAUGGACUGGGGACCCACGUGAGCGCGAGUUUUGCUGCGGGGUUUGUGGCUGCGGUGGCCUCGAACCCAAUUGAUGUGAUCAAGACUCGGGUAAUGAACAUGAAAGUAGAGCCCGGAAUGAGACCACCUUAUAACGGGGCACUCGAUUGCGCCCUUAAAACAGUUCAAGCCGAAGGCCCCAUGUCCCUUUACAAGGGUUUUAUUCCCACAAUUUCAAGACAAGGCCCAUUCACUGUAGUGCUAUUUGUUACUCUUGAACAAGUUCGCAAGCUUCUCAAGGAUUUUUAGUUUUACAAGACAACAAAUUUAUAAAUUCUUUUAUUAAAUAUUUAUUCUACUUAUAUAAGAGAACAUACCAAUUCAACAUCUAUUGUAGAAUUGAGCUUCAUACUAACUAUUUGGGUAAACACCCUUAUUUAGAAGAAUCCUUAUUGAUA